UUCCUUUUUUUUCUUUUUAUCGUUUUGUUGUUAAAAUUAAUCAAACGAGAGUUUAUUGACGCAUGAAAUAAAACAGCAUUGAAUACUUCGGCAAUAUUUUGUAUUGAGAAAUGUUGAGGAAAUUUUAAAUGUAAUAGUGGAUAGGAAAAUUGACGAAGUCUAUUUUUAUGUAAUUUAAUGUAAAUCAUAUGUUAAUUCGCUUUUGACGUUUGAAUAAUUUUAUGAUAAAGUCGCGGGUAUAUUAAUUUUAGUGCAACGGAUAAUUUUAGUUCGUGAUAUAUUUACUAUCACAAAAACAGUCUCAUUUCUGAAAAUAGAAUUAAUCACUAUUUAAAUUUAGAUCAAUUGCUAAGAUCAUAAUAAUCUUAAUUAUUACGUACAUAGAUAGCUACUUCCUAUUUGACAUAAUAGUUUGAUAGUCAUUCUCCGUUUCAUUGGUUUUCAAAUACUGUAUGAUUGCAAUGCGUAAUAAAUGAUAUACAUUUAGUUAUGUAUAAUAGUUAAUAGCCAUACUUUACAGGUAAUUCAAUAUGUCGCAUCAUUUUGUCACAGUUUGCGUAGUGUGCGUUUUAUGCGCCACGCAUAACCCUUGCUCAGCACACACCGAAUUGUCAACUGCGGGACAGAAAACUCAUAAUUCUGUAAACUCUGAAAAUUUACCAGGACCUAAUGAGCAGCUACAGCCAUCAUGGUUGCUAAUGAAAUUUAAAGAAUCGAAGGAGAAGGAUAAUAAGAAAACAAAUAUAAAUAAUUUAGGCACUUAUAAGAAUGGUGCUGUUAAAUUUUCUAAUAGUGUAUUAAACAAUAGUAAUGUUAAUAAAAUACCUAAUCUAUUAGUGCCAUCUACGGAUGAAGUUCAUACUAAAAGAAAAACCUUACAGAAUAUGAAGGUUGACAAAAAUGUUCAAGCUGUUCAUGUUCCAGCGAUAGAGGAAAGUUUUACAACUUUAAAAGAUUUAGAAAUAAUGGAGAGACUAGGACAGACUGAAAUAAAUUACAAUAAAGAAUUGAAAUCUAUACGAUCUACAAAAAAUCCCAGUCCUAUCACUGUGAUCAGAAGGAAAAGAAAUGUAGAUGUUAUAGAUGAAAAAUACUUUAUGAAAAAAAUUUUUGAAACUUAUGGAGAUGGUACUAGCGUGACAAUGGAUGGUUUUGAGAAGCUAUUAAGAAAACUAGGAUUAUUGAGAUUAUUAACAGAUAUAUCUAAAUUGGAGGACCUUAAUACUAUUACUAGUCAUGAAAAUCCAUUAGAGAAAUCCAAGAACAUGCAAAAUAAUGGCCUAUCAGACUAUGAGAAUGGUGUUAGGAAAGAGCGGUGCUUAAAUAGCAAAGAAUUAUUAAGUUCUGUUGCAAGAGAUAUGCCCUACAAUUCCAUCACUAAUAAUAAUACAACAUUACCAAGUUGGCUUUUUGAACGUGUGUGUCCAGCUCUUGUUUACCAAUUAGCAGGUGAAUCGAGUUCAGAAAGAAAUGGAUGCAUUCUUGUACCAGAGAACUAUAAACCAGUAAUAGUUAGUAAAUACCUUGGAGAAGAUGUAUCACGUAAUAUGGUUCAAGUGUGGGCCUAUUCUAUAAUCAGUAUUCUAAUAAUAAGUCUUUGUGGUUUAUUUGGUGUAGCUGUUAUACCUUUUAUGGGUAAAAUUUACUAUCAUCAAUUACUACAGUUUCUGGUUGCUCUUGCUGUGGGAACAUUAUGUGGUGACGCUCUAAUUCAUUUAUUACCUCAUGCAAUGAUGUCCCAUGAUCAUAGUCACGAUCAUCACAGUCACGAUGAUAACGAUCAUGCUGAUAUGGAUCAUAAAGAACAACAUAAUAUAAAUAUGUGGAAAGGGGUAGUUGCAAUGAUGGGGCUCGUACUAUUUUUUUUUACUGAAAAAGCUCUAACAUUAGUAGCAGAAUGGCGAAAGCUUCGACAACGUCGGAAUAAGCUCCCUUCGCGUGUUAGAGUAAUGCGAGAAACAGAUGGACCAAACAGCAAUGUCGUUGGUGAGAAACUGUGCAAACAUAAAUAUUCAUCAUAUCCUUAUUGUUAUGGUGAAAUUAACACUGAUACUCAAGAUAAUCAUCAUAAUCGUCAACACAAUAAUCAUGAAAGACCUCCCGUUAUCGAAGAGGAAAAACCAUUAACAUCAAACUGCAAUUCAGUUUCAAAAAUAAUGACGAAUGAUGUGGAAAAGAAACCAAAUGAAGACUGGAGAUUAGACGAUUCAAUUGUAAAUACUAAGAAAAAUACUGAUGGUGCUGACAUACCACUAAACAAAUCUGAAAGUUAUACUGUUAUUAUACGCGAACAUGAAACCAAACAUCAUGGACACACUCAUUCCCAUGGUCAUGUACAUUCUGCACCAGAAUCUAUGUCAAGCGUUGCUUGGAUGGUAGUUAUGGGCGAUGGUUUGCAUAACUUUACAGAUGGUAUGGCUAUAGGUGCUGCUUUUUCAGCGAACAUAGCAGGUGGUUUUUCAACGGCAAUAGCUGUAUUCUGCCACGAAUUACCUCACGAAAUAGGGGACUUCGCGGUUUUGUUAAAAGCCGGAAUGAGCGCUAAGCAAGCUGUAUUUUAUAAUCUGUUAUCUUCCGUACUCUGCUUAUUUGGAAUGAUAUUUGGUGUGUUAUUGGGUAGCACUCCUGCUGUGAGUAGCUGGAUGUUCGCAGCUGCUGCAGGAAUGUUUAUAUAUAUAGCAUUAGUAGACAUGAUUCCAGAAUUAUCUUCAAGUCAUUCUGCAGAACGUAGUUCUCAAUGGCAAUGUAUUCUACAAGGGUUAGGGCUAUCAUGUGGCCUUGGAAUAAUGUUAAUUAUAGCACUUUAUGAACACGAUCUUAAGACUAUGUUCAGUGAUUAAAUUUACAACGACUGACAACUUUUUAAACAAUGCGUAAGAUUUUCUGUUGACAGCAGCAUACUUUGUUGUUAAAAAGAAAAAAAAACACUUAAUAAGGUACUAUAACGGAAUAAAUGCUAAAUGUUUUAUAACAUUUAUAACGUUAAGAGUAUUCGAUGCACAAGAACGAAUGAAAUAGGCAACUUGAAGAAACUUAGAUAAUUCAAAUACAACGACAAUAUUUGAAGUAUACUUGUUAGAAAUCGUAUUUGAGAUAUUGUGUUCUAUUAAAGUAACAUAAAAUGCAAGGAUCGAGACUAAGAUUUAAAUACUUUGAAAUUUAUUGGACAGAACAUUAUGAAGAUAGGUAAAUAUAGUUAAUUAUUAUUGGAUAGUCUUUGAUAUAUUGCUUACUACAAUUAAAUGAAUUCGUGAAAAUGUCAUGCGAUUAUCAAUUGACUACAAUUAAGUAUCUUUGAAAACAAAAUUUACAUAAACAUUUUUGUUUGUAAAUAAUGUUUUACGAUCCUAACAAUUGCAAUAAUUACGCAACAAACAAAUUGAAAUUUACAAUUUUAAUUUUACCACCGAUUGCUUGGCAUUUACACAAUUUGUCUAUGCUUUAUAACUAUUAGUUCCCAAGUUUAAUUCUGAUAUAUUUAAUAAUUGCAUCCUUUGUCUUGGUACAAUAAUUUAGAUACUAUUUCAGAUAAAUACCCCUUAAUUGAAUCGGUAUCACAUAUAAAUGCUGUCGUCAAAGAUGUAUUAUUGAAAUUAUCAAAGUCCUCUGUAUCUUUUAAGAUAAUUUUAAAUUCAAAGUAGAUAUAUGUUAGUUGAGUCAUAAAACUUAUAAUAAAGCUAAAAAAAGAUAAUGGUAUUAAAACGAUAUGAAAUUAUAAAAAACUAGAUAUAUUCGUUGAUCACAAUUGCAUUUUAUUGAGUUUACAGAUACGUUCAAUUUUAAAACUUCGGUGCUCCUUCAGUUAAGCUCUUGUAUUAUAAUUGUUCUACAUUGUACUAUAUACAAAGUUUCGAUUUAUGAUGCUACAAAAAAAGGUGCAUAUGCGACUUUUUGUUUUAAUAAUUGAUGGAAACAAAUUUUAUGAAAUAAGGUAUUUACAGGUAACUCUGUAGCAUGUUCUAAUUUUAUCUAAUGACAGAUACGCUUGCACAUCAAAGUAAUUUUGUCAAAUAUUGAACUAAAUGAACAUAAAUGGUACAAAAAAAUACUACACCAUUCACAAAUGAUUGGAUAAUAUUAAAAUUUUUAAAGUAUUCUCAUACUGUCACAGUAAUUACCAAGCUUUUUUUAUGGGUAAUUACUUAUAAUUCUAUGUACAUAUCUGCAUGUCAUACCGUAAUAUACAAUUGAAACUUAAAAUCCAAAUAAUUGUAGCUAUAAAUCUAAAUAUUUUUAGCUGUACUCGCAUAAACUAA